UCAAUUCCGGCGGUGAUGGAAGUGAUCCAGGAAUUUGGGAGAGUCUCGGGCUACAAACUGAGUAAAAAGGCGAAGCAGUCACCAACGUGCAUGAUGAGCAGCGCAGUGGGGCUGUUUGUCGCCGCUCUGCUGUGUUUCUGCAGCUCUGCGUUCGGGCAGGCGGGCGUGGACGGCCAGCGAGGCGUUCUGGUUUUCUGCGAUGACCCGUCAGUGCAGAAGGCCGUCACCAGCGCCUUGCAUGAGUUCAACAGCAAGCUGACCGUUGGACAGAAGCUGGCUCUGUUUGAGAUCAGAGUGGCCAAGAAGACAGAGGACGGAUCCGACUCCAUGUACUACCUGGAGUUCACCAGCAGGAGGAGUGACUGUCCAGCAGGGGGCAGCAAAAACUGGACAGACUGCGACUAUCUUCCCACCGGAUCUCUGGCAGCGAUUUCAUGCAACUCUACAGUCCACAUGAAUGAGAAAGAGACCGUCACUAAAGAGGUGUAUUGUAAUGUUGACGGCUACAUUUCCUCAGAGAAAGCGACGUGUUUGGGCUGCCCUGUGGAGAUUGAAGGAAACUCAGAGGACCUUAAAGUUCCUCUGUUAGCAUCAGUGUCCAAGUUUAACUCAAUUUCCAACUCAACUCACCUGUUCACCCUGAACAGAGUCAGCCAUGCCACUAGACAGGUUGUUGCAGGUUUCAGGUACAAGCUGAGAUUCGACAUGAAGAAAACGACGUGUGCAAAGGCUGAGCACAAAGAUCUCAACGACCUGUGUGUCCCAGAUGAGGACAAUAUGGAGUUUGCUAACUGUAACGCUACCGUGGAUAUGGCACCGUGGAGACUGGAGCAGCCGGGUGUCCUCCUGGCGCAGUGCGAAAACAGAGCCCUACCUUUGCCUCGGCGCCGUCCUCCCGGCUGGUCUCCUCUCAGGAACCGGGAUCCACCUCCGCCCGCCUCUUCACCGUCGCGGUCUCCUCCAUCGAUACAAUCCCCCUCCAAGGCUCCAGCCAAAGACGAAUCAUCCGAGGAGGACACGACGGCCUCCAAACCGUCAGCCUCCCCCAACGCCAACAACCACCCCUUCCACUGCCCCUCCAACCCCUGGAAACAAUUCAAGCCGGUCCAACCCGUAGCGCCCUCCCAGAAGCCGCCAUUGGCGGGAGAAUUUAGCGAUACUGACCUGCUUUCUUAAGAUUCCAUCUCAAGAAGCCGCAUUUAUUGUAUGUUCAGGUUUAAAAAAAGUGUCCUCAAUGAAUUAUGUUUAACUGUUUUUUUUCUUGUACACAAGGCUCUAUUGAUGAUUUAAAUCUUUCCAGAACCACCUUCGGGGCUAAAGGCUGUUAGCAGACAUA